UUCGCAAAUACAAUUCUACACUGAAAAAUCUUCAAAAAAUAAAGCAAAAAUAUGUCGGCCGAAGUGGAGGAGCUGCUGAAGCGCUUCCAGUCCAUGAAGAACAUCACUGGGAUUGUGGUGAUUGAUAACGAUGGGAUUGCGAUCAAGACGACCCUGGACUACAACUUGACCCUGCACUACGCUGCCCUGAUGCAAACGCUGAGGGAGAAGGCCCGCCAGGUGGUCCUGGAUCUGGACGCCACCAACGAAUUCACCUUCCUGCGGCUGCGGACUGAACUGCACGAGGUGAUGCUGUGCCCGCAGGAGGAUUACUUCAUCAUGGUGCUCCAGACCCCCAGUGACUAAAAAAAAAUGACGUAUAUUGCGAAUAUGCCUCAUCCGAGGCCCAAAACCUCAUUUCAUUUGCAUCCAUUUAAAAGCAAAGUGUUCAGUAAAUGGAAUGUUAUUAACAUA